UUUGGUGUUCAUGUCACUUCUAAGCCCCUUGAAUUUCACUAUUAUGACCUCAAACUGGCUUCUGGUUAUAUUAAGAACUUCUAUCAAUCAAGAAAGAGUCAAAGGACAGUGAUAGCUUUAGUUCAGGGGUACCAGGUGCCACUUUACGGUGGAAUUCCGGUGCUUAGUGGCGCCAAAGAUCAUCUUGAGAGAGUAGAUGUGCCUCUAAACCUUACAUUUGUUAUGAGGUCAAGGGCCUACAUUCUGGGGAGGCUGGUGAAGCCGAAGUUCUAUAGAAGUAUCUUAUGUGAAGUAACUUUGAGAGGUAACAAUCUAGGCAAGCCUGUUGAUUUGACAAGAUCUGGUUCUUGUGUUUAUAAGUAGGUGUAGGAUGAUGCUAUGGAUUUUGUGGUGCACUCGUAUUUGGGCCAAUUUGGCUAUUUGCUCACCUUCUGUUAUUGUAUUUUGUGCCAAAAUCUA